AUGGGAAAGACUGAUAACAAGAAAGGAUUCGGUGGCAAGAAGAAGUCAUAUAGUACAGGUGGUACAGGUGGUGCUGCUGCUGGCAAGAAACAUCAAAAACUACAACAAAAGAGAGCUAAUAAGAAACAACAGAAGAAGACGAGGAAUGAUACACAUCCAGAUCAAGAGGAUGAUGAUAUGACAGGAGUUAGCAAGUCAUUUGUCUUUAGACGUGGAGAUUGUAAUAAGAUGAUCAAACAGUUGGUGGUUGAUUUCCGUAAGGUGAUGGAACCAAACACAGCGGCAAAACUGAAAGAGAUGCCAACCAACACGACAAAGGACUUUGUCAAUGUGGCCAGCAUCUAUGGUGUCACUCACUUGGUCACCUUCUCCAACACUGACAUUGGCAGCUACAUGUCCGUGGGCAAGUCGCCCAAGGGCCCCACCAUCACCUUCAAGAUCGCCGAGUACUCUUUGAUGGCCGACGUCAACAAGGCCAAGCUCAGACCAUCGUCCCUUGGCACUGCCGAGUACAUGACCGCACCACUCGUCGUUCUCAACAACUUCUCCAAAGGCUCUCCACACAUCGAGAUGAUGUCCACACUCUUGCAGAACCUAUUCCCAUCCAUCAAUGUCCUAACACUUCAAUUGUCCAAGUGCAAGAGAAUCGUGUUGUUCAACUUUGACAAGGAGACCAACAUGGUCGAGUUUAGACAUUACAAGAUCAAGGUGGCAGAGACUGGAAUCAGUAAGAGUGUAAAGAGAGUGAUUCAAUCAAGAAUGCCAGAUGUAUCGAAUAUGGGAGAUAUUAGUGAUUAUAUUUUGGGUGGCACUGGAGAGAGUGAGAGUGACUAUGAGGAUGCCAACGAUGGCAAGAUCGACAUUGACUCCAAGUUCCUGGACACCAAGCGUAAGAAGACAAUCCAGUCCAAUCAAAAGGCUAUCAAGCUUGAGGAGAUUGGUCCAAGAAUGUCCCUCGAUCUCGUCAAAGUCGAGGAUGACCUGUUCAAGGGUGGCAUCCUUUAUCAUAAAUAUGUCUCCAAGUCAGAGAGAGAGAUUGAUGAAUUGCAUGUCAAGAAGCAGGAUGAGAUGAUUGAGAAGCAGCGUAGGAUUGAUGAGCAGAAUAAGAAUGUUGAGGCAAAGAAGAAGGCAUCUGAUGAGAAGAUGAAGAAGAAGAAGGAUAAGCAACUGAAACGCUUUGCCAAUGAGGCCAAUGAUGAUGACGAUGAUGAUGAGGAGUGGUACAGAAAGGAGGUCGGUGAAGAGCCAGACGAGAGUUUCAAGAGUGGAAUAGGUGCCAACAGACGAACCAAGAGACCAUUCAAGAAGCCAAGAAAUAACUAA